CUCAAAGUAGAGUGCAAAGUCUAAAAGCUAGUACUGAGGAUUGAAGUUUACUUUCUCUGGUUGAAAACUGUUUCGUACUGUCAAUAUCAACCGGGUCCAGGACUUGUGCGGUCUUCGGACUCAACAGCAGCAGUCUCCGCUUCAUUCCUCCACUGCUCCUUGGUCAGAACCACCCAGCCGACCCGGGUCAGCACUGCUCCAGCCCAGGGCCCGAGCCCGCUACAGAGAUAUACUCUGUUUGAGUCGCUCACCAUGGCAGGGGCCGGUGGUGGGAACAGUGAUGUGCAGUGGUGCUUCUCCCAGGUCAAAGGAGCGAUAGAUGAUGAUGUCGCAGAAGCUGACAUCAUAUCUACGGUUGAAUUCAACCACUCUGGGGAGCUACUAGCCACCGGGGACAAGGGGGGUCGUGUUGUCAUCUUUCAGCAGGAGCCAGAGAGUAAGAAUCAGCCACAGUGCCGAGGAGAGUACAAUGUUUACAGCACCUUCCAGAGCCACGAGCCUGAGUUUGACUACCUGAAAAGCCUUGAGAUCGAAGAGAAGAUCAACAAGAUUCGAUGGUUGCCUCAGAAAAAUGCAGCACAGUUCCUUUUGUCUACAAAUGACAAAACCAUAAAGCUGUGGAAAAUUAGUGAGCGCGACAAGAGACCAGAGGGCUACAAUUUGAAGGAAGAAGAUGGACGAUACAGAGAUCCUAAUACUGUCACGACACUACGGGUACCAGUUUUCAGGCCCAUGGACUUGAUGGUGGAAGCCAGCCCUAGGCGAGUGUUUGCAAAUGCUCACACCUACCACAUCAACUCCAUAUCAGUCAACAGUGACUGUGAGACCUACCUGUCUGCAGAUGACCUGCGCAUUAACCUCUGGCAUCUGGAGAUCACUGAUCGCAGCUUUAAUAUUGUUGACAUUAAGCCAGCCAAUAUGGAGGAGUUGACGGAGGUGAUCACAGCAGCGGAGUUUCACCCCAACCAAUGCAACACUUUUGUCUACAGCAGCAGCAAGGGCACCAUCCGCAUGUGUGACAUGAGGGCAUCAGCACUGUGCGACAAGCACGCCAAAAUGUUUGAAGAGCCAGAGGAUCCAAACAAUCGUUCUUUCUUUUCUGAAAUCAUCUCAUCCAUCUCUGAUGUGAAGUUCAGCCACAGUGGACGCUACAUGAUGACCCGCGACUACCUGUCUGUCAAAAUCUGGGAUCUCAACAUGGAGACCCGACCAGUAGAGACAUAUCAGGUGCAUGAAUAUCUCAGGAGUAAGUUGUGUUCACUGUAUGAGAAUGAUUGCAUCUUCGACAAGUUUGAGUGCUGUUGGAAUGGGAACGACAGUGUUGUGAUGACUGGUUCCUACAACAACUUCUUCAGGAUGUUUGACAGAGGCUACCGGCAGGACGUAACCCUAGAGGCAUCGCGGGAGAACAGCAAACCACGAUCGGUCCUAAAACCUCGCAAAGUAAGCACAGGUGGGAAGCGCAAGAAGGACGAGAUCAGUGUAGACAGUCUUGACUUUAACAAGAAGAUCCUCCACACUGCCUGGCAUCCUCUGGACAACAUCAUUGCUGUGGCCACCACCAACAAUCUGUACAUAUUCCAGGAAAAACUCAACUAGCAUUUGUUGAACCCAGAUCCCAGUUUUCUGCUUGAGCCCCGCUGCUCUGAUACACACAUAACAAACAAUAUUUGUCUGUCUUUGGCUAAACCCCCGAGUCUUGAUAUGAUCUGCUCUUGGUGAAUUAAGUAUUGAAUGUGACAAGACUUACUCUGUCAACAACAAACGGCAUCAUUAACACAGUACAUCCAAGCAGGCCAUCACAAGCACAUUUUCCAUGUAUACAACAACUGUAGACAUGCAGGGUUUGUAGAUCUGAGACCAGACUUUGUGACUUAGUGUCAUUGGUUUCCUCCAUUAGAAUCACUCCAUUCACCAAGUUACUGUUUGCAACUCCACUACAUCCCAAACCAAAGGGAAAAUGAGUUAAAUGCACAUAUUUGGCUAUUUCAUUUUCUUUAUUCUUUUGUGCCAUCGUGACAUGAUUCACUUGUAUGUCACAGCUACCAAUUGUUGAUCAUUUUUUGUAGCUGCCAUGUUUUAUUAGUAUAAAUAGGAAAUUCUUAAUACUGUUUAUACAUGUUUCCGUCACCAUGUUCCUUUUCAUACUGGCCUGAAACACUGCUAAUACAAGCUGUCAACACUCCAUAUUUGCCCCAAGUAUUUGUCAAGUUGCCAAGUUCACUCACCAUUUCUUUCCAGAUGUACAGUAUGGUUAUGCUGUUAAAGGACUAUUCUAGUAUUUUAUUAUGUUUUAGCUCAUUCUCUACAAAUAGUGUAUAACUUACAUUACUGCUAACCUUUUUCUACAGUCUACAGUAAGAAAGUCAGCAUACUUGAACCUGACUUGAGUUGUAUUCCAUCACAGUGAGCUUCUUGCUGUCUUUAAGUGAAAUUAAUUAUUAUGUUGUAACACAGUCGCAAUUAAGAAAACACAGUGUGUGUUCGAGCAUACUGAAACAUGAUAAUAAAUGUAAGUCGUCUAAAAUCAGCCUUUUUAAUGCAGGAUAUAAUGAAAUUCACCUUAUGUUUGCAAGAACAUUCAUGUUUCUAAACAUCUGUCCUCUGGAUUAGAGCUUCUGACACAAUAGCAGCUUGUAAUCUGCUUGAGUGUCCUGAACAUAUCGGUAUCAGGUUUUCAAAACAAUCCCUGGUUCUCACAUGCAUUACUAAAAACUUGCCUAAAAUGUUCAUUGGGAUGGAUUACUUAUCUCAAGCUCAAGCCUGUAAGUUGAUUUUCAUAGAGCACUGAAAUGGCUACAAUUAGGAAAAUUGUCGGCAGUGACGUGUAAUUGAUUUCUAGUUAAUGGGCUAAAACAUAAAAGAAAAAAAAAAUCGUCCUUUAACAUGGACACAAGAAUGACUUGCGCACACAUCUGUCAGGUAUUGUGGUUUUGGGAGUUAAGUGGGGGCCAAUUAUGCCAAAGUAACCAGUCCUAUACACUCUAAAGAUAGAUUAAUUUAAAGCUGUCUUGCAGACAAGGUGUCACCGGUCAGACCGGGCACCCUUGCACAUGUGUGGACCACCAUAUGAAGCUCAGGACAAAAGCUUAUAUACGUGGAAGGGCACGAUGGCGUGCUGUGGCCUAAUUCUCUUGCGGUUUGUGGCACCAACAUUGAGUGCUGCUGUCAGCUUCCCCACAAAGCGCAUUGUGUUGUUCUAGAUUGAUUAAUCGCUUUACCCUCUGGAUCUUGUUUCUGUUUGUAGAUUUUUUUUUUUUUU